AUGGCAGCCCAGUCAAUGGUCGGGUCACCCUCAAGGCGCACAACACCACCAGAUCAUUUCGAGUGGGAAGCAGCUACGAUUGGAGUCAAGGCGUUGAGGCAGAAGACUAUCGUCAAGGACAGACCUCACAAACCUAUGUUCCUGUGUCUGCCUGGCGAACUGCGGAACGCAAUUUACGAGCUUGUUUUGGAAGAAACGACCUGCGGUCUUAUACUCAACCUCCACAAAUUCCGCAUACCGAUACCAAAGCUAGCUCUGGUGUGCAAACAGAUCUUCCGGGAAGUUUCAAGUGUCCAGUUCACGAAUGAUGACUCUGAAUUCUAUUGGCAAGGCCAUGAUUCUGGAGGAGACUUGGACUUCUCCGUCAUUCAAACGCCCAUGCUCUCGACAGACACUCGAUGCUGGGCAGAAAGAUGCGCCAUGCUCGGUGCGCCUCUCCACUUCAAGCAUCUUGUAUUCCAUGCACCUGCUUCCCAUGGCACCGGACCUUCCACCACGCGUCGUACAUGGUGCAUCCAUGUAGGGAAUGGUAUAGCUCGUGUUGAGUGUGCGAGCGCUCCUACAAAAAGAGAGUGCGCAAAGACCUUGGAGAACAACAUGACAAAGGAAUUGUCAGAGAUCAUGCAUCAGCACAAAACAAAUUCACUAGGCAUUCCAGAGCUCGAGGCGUUCCGUCUCCUACUUGGCCGUUUCAAUGUGCACGAACACUUCAAAGGCAGAUCAUUGCGUCCGCAAGCACUGAUGUCCAACGACCCAGAGAUGACCAGGUUGAAGGUCACAUAUCUCGGUUGCCAUCUUGAAACUCAUCCGUGGGAAUACUACACCGAGGAAACCAAAUCUGAAAUUCAUGGAACCUGA